CAGGUUUCCGGGAACCACCUCUGGCCCUGGGGUAAGAGACGCAACGCCCUAGCGCUUGAGGUGGACCGGCUGCGGCGUGUGGGGGAAGAUGUCCUUGGAGGUGACGAGGGCCACGGCGGGCAUGGUGCUGGCAGAACUGUAUGUCUCAGAUCGAGAGGGCAGUGAUGCCACCGGAGAUGGAACCAAGGAGAAGCCAUUUAAAACGGGUCUAAAGGCUUUGAUGACAGUGGGAAAAGAACCAUUUCCUACCAUCUAUGUUGAUUCACAGAAAGAAAAUGAGAGGUGGGAUGUUAUUUCUAAAUCACAGAUGAAGAAUAUUAAAAAAAUGUGGCAUAGAGAGCAAAUGAAGAAUGAAUCCCGGGACAAGAAAGAGGCUGAAGAUAAUUUACGUAGAGAAAAGAACCUGGAAGAAGCAAAGAAGAUUACCAUCGAGAAUGAUCCGAGUCUUCCAGAGCCAAAAUGUGUGAAAAUUAAUGCACUAGAAGCCUAUAGAGGGCAGAGAGUCAAGGUGUUUGGCUGGGUUCACAGGCUGCGAAGACAAGGAAAGAACUUAAUGUUUCUGGUGUUACGGGAUGGUACAGGUUACCUUCAGUGUGUCUUAUCAGAUGACUUGUGUCAGUGUUACAAUGGAGUAGUCCUGUCCACGGAGAGUAGUGUAGCAGUAUAUGGGAUGUUAAAGCUUACUCCAAAGGGCAAACAGGCUCCUGGCGGCCACGAGCUGAGUUGUGACUUCUGGGAACUGGUGGGGCUGGCUCCUGCUGGAGGAGCUGAUAACUUGAUCAAUGAAGAGUCUGAUGUUGACGUGCAGCUCAACAACAGACACAUGUUGAUUCGAGGAGAAAAUGUGUCAAAAAUCCUAAAAGCACGGUCUGUGAUUACCAGGUGCUUUAGGGAUCACUUCUUCGACAGGGGGUACUGUGAAGUCACUCCCCCAACAUUAGUGCAGACACAGGUAGAAGGCGGAUCUACACUCUUCAAGCUUGACUAUUUUGGGGAAGAGGCAUUUUUGACCCAGUCCUCUCAGUUGUACCUGGAAACUUGCCUUCCAGCCCUGGGAGAUGUGUUUUGUAUUGCACAGUCAUACAGAGCAGAACAGUCCAGAACACGAAGGCACCUGGCUGAGUACACUCAUGUCGAAGCUGAGUGCCCUUUCCUGACAUUUGAGGACCUCCUCAACCGAUUGGAGGACUUGGUGUGUGAUGUGGUAGAUAGAGUCCUGAAAUCACCAAUAGCCAGCAUAGUGCACGAGCUUAACCCGAACUUCAUGCCCCCCAAACGGCCUUUCAGACGGAUGAACUACUCAGAUGCUAUUGUGUGGCUGAAAGAACACAACGUAACGAAAGAAGAUGGGACUUUCUAUGAAUUUGGAGAGGAUAUCCCUGAAGCUCCUGAGAGACUGAUGACAGACACCAUUAAUGAACCAAUCUUGCUGUGUCGAUUUCCUGUGCAGAUCAAGUCCUUCUAUAUGCAACGAUGUCCUGAGGAUUCCCGCCUUACUGAAUCUGUGGAUGUGUUGAUGCCCAAUGUUGGCGAGAUUGUGGGAGGCUCUAUGCGUAUCUGGGACAGUGAAGAGAUUUUGGCAGGCUACAAACGGGAGGGAAUUGAUCCUACUCCCUACUACUGGUAUACAGAUCAGAGAAAAUACGGUACUUGUCCUCAUGGAGGAUAUGGCUUGGGCUUGGAACGGUUCCUAACUUGGAUUCUGAAUAGGUAUCACAUCCGAGACGUAUGCUUGUAUCCUCGAUUUGUCCAGCGCUGUAAGCCAUAACCGUUUCCUCCUGAGACACGAAGGAAAGAAUACAACUCAUGGAAGGAACAGGUUGCCUCUCAAGAAAGAAACCAAAAUGCUAAAAUCAAAUUGUCCCUUGUUUGUCCCAUUGGGGGUAUAACCAUUUCUGUUUUUGUUUCCACUACCAUUAACCAUAGUCCACUUUAUCAAGUAACAUGCUGUUUUAGGAAAAAAUAACCUUUACAAGAUUUAGGGGGAGGUAUGUGACAUGGCACUAGUUCUGGAUGUAUUUCAGCAACUAUAGAUUAUAAUCAUUGUAUCAGAUACAACAUGCAUAAGUACACAUUUUUAAUUAUGGUCUAAGAUAUUCUAGUAAUUUAAAUACUGGAAUUCUUUGUAUCAUUUUAUUGUAUCAAUGAGUUAAAGCUAAUAUCUUGGAGGGAAAUUGGUAAUGGAAUGAAAAUGGAAUUAAAAUCUGCUAGUAUAAGAGUGCAGUACAGCAA